CUCGUCAGAAGAGGUGUGGUUGCUAGUUUGAGCAGCUUGAUUUUUUAACAUUUGAUAAGAGAGCAAUGGUUGACAGAGUGUGAGUAAAGCUUCUUUAUAAAGAUGGCUCAAAAUCCACAAGUCAGUAUCCCAAUGUCAGAAUCCAGUACAAAUGGCAUCCCAAGCAAGAAUUUGAUGAAAGCCACCACUGUCACUUUUCACAACAUCUGCUAUAGAGUGAAGACCAAGAGUGGCUGUAUAGGUUGCCGAAAAGCAGCUGAGAAAGACAUUUUGAGAGAUAUCAAAAAUGUAAUGAAUAAAAUGAAAAAAGGAGAAGGGAAAAUGGCACAAACUCCUAAUGAAAAUGAAUGGCUGGAUAAGUGUUUAGAACUUGCUAUAAUGGACAAGUUUACUUAUUUUGGGCACAGGAGAGAAGGGAUAUUAAGAGGCACAGAAUUUAUGGAAAGUGGGAUAAUGAGGCCUGGACUGAAUGCAAUUCUGGGGCCAACUGGCAGUGGCAAAUCUUCACUACUGGAUAUUUUAGCUGCAAGGAAAGAUCCUCAUGGCUUGAGUGGCAAUGUUCUAAUCAAUGGAGCUCCUCAGCCUGCCAAUUUUAAAUGUAUAUCUGGAUACGUUGUACAGGAUGAUGUGGUGAUGGGGACCUUGACUGUGAGAGAGAACUUCCAAUUCUCAGCCGCCCUCCGAUUGCCAAAGACUGUGAGGGAGCAAGAAAAGAAGGAAAGGGUUGACCAGAUACUCAAGGAGCUGGGAUUGACAAAAGUGGCCGAUUCAAAGGUUGGAACCCAGUUUAUUCGUGGUAUAUCAGGGGGAGAGAGAAAAAGGACGAAUAUUGGAAUGGAGCUUAUUACUGAUCCAGCAGUCUUGUUCUUAGAUGAGCCAACUACUGGAUUGGAUGCCAGCACAGCCAAUGCUGUACUGCUCCUCCUUAAAAGGAUGGCCAGGCAGGGAAAAACAAUAAUCUUUUCCAUCCAUCAACCACGCUACUCAAUCUUCAAACUGUUUGAUAAAUUGACCUUACUGGCUGCAGGAAGAAUGCUCUAUCAUGGACCUGCUCAGAAUGCCCUAGAAUAUUUCAAGUCCAUUGGUUAUGAGUGCGAACCAUACAACAAUCCUACUGACUUCUUUCUGGAUGUCAUUAACGGAGACUCAACAGCUGUGGCUUCGAACAAAAAUGAUGAAAUUGAUAUAGAUACCAUUGACGAACGCACCUGUCACGAUAAGUCAUUGGCAGAGAAAUUAGCAGAGAAGUAUUCCAGUUCUGCUUCCUAUGAAGAAACCAAAACAGAAUUAGAAAAGCUGUCCUUGGGGAGCCAAAAGGAGACCACUUGUCGAGAAAUCACCUACUCUACUUCCUUCUUUCACCAGCUCAAGUGGCUCUCUAAACGGAUGUUCAAAAAUCUGCUAGGCAACCCACAAGUCUCCAUAGCACAGCUAUGUGUUACGAUUUUCCUGGGAUUAGCUGUGGGUGCCAUAUUCUUUAGGGUGACAGACGAUGCUAGUGGUUUGCAGAACAGACUUGGUGCCAUGUUCUUUAUGAUCAUCAACCAGUGUUUCAGCAGCAUUUUCGCGAUUGAACUUUUUAUUCUGGAGAAGAAGAUAUUUAUACACGAAUACAUCAGUGGAUACUACAGAAUUUCUGCAUAUUUCUUCUCAAAGCUAAUAGGCGAUUUAAUACUCAUGAGGACUUUACCGUGCAUUAUUUUCACGUGCAUUGUUUAUUUCAUGUUAGGUCUGAAACCAACAGUAGAGGCCUUCUUUAUAAUGAUGUUCACUAUGAUGCUGGUAUCUUAUACAGCUACUUCUAUGGCGCUAGCUAUUGCCACAGGACAGAGUGUGCUGGCUGUAGCUAAUCUACUCAUGACCAUCACCUUUAUUUUUAUGACUAUUUUCUCUGGAUUGUUGGUAAAUCUUACCAGUAUACUGCCUUGGCUUUCUUGGCUCCAGUACUUCAGCAUACCUCGAUAUGGGAUGAUAGCACUGCAAGUUAAUGAACUUACCAAUCUCAAGUUCUGCAACUUAAACACACAUGAGAAUUGGAGCAAUUCUAACAGUUUAGAGGUUACCAAGUUACAGAUGUGCACUGGAGAACAAUAUCUGAAAAGCCAAGGGAUCGAAGCAACUGCAUGGGGCCUGUGGCAGAAUCACGUUGCACUUGCUUGCAUGAUGAUAAUUUUCCUUACAAUUUCAUAUAUCAAGUUACGGUUCAUGAAAAAAUUCUCUUAAGGACAAGUCUGUGAUCCAGACUUCCCUGGGGAUGUCCUAAGUAGCAGAGCGGGAGGCAUGACUAUUCUCUUGUAUUAAGUCUUCUUUUUUUUCUUGAACACGUAAUGGAGAAAAACAGUACCGCAAAAUAUCUGCAUUUAUAGCACACCCAAAUAUUCUUUUCUAUAUUGACAUACUUGUUAGUGGCACUCCUGCCCUAAGCAGCCAAAAGUCUGAGCAGUAUGGCAGGAUCCAAUCAAGACUGAGCACUUGCAAGCUCUGUAGAUAUAGGUGGGAGAGAGUUAAUCAUGUGCUUAAUUCUCCCAUAGAAACCAAUGGGAUAUAAAGUGCUUAAGUCCAGAAGGAUCAGUAUUAAUUAAAAUACAGAACAGUUUUAAGAGGCAUUGUCAUGAACCAAUGCAACUUAGGAGCAAGAAAGUUGGAUUUCUAAAGCUAAGCUCUUUUGUUCACAGGAUUAUAGAAUACACCUUCUGCUACUGCUUAGAUGGCACUUCUGGUGUGUUCAGAACAUGUCACACAGAUUAGCACUAUGCAUAUGAACCUCCUCAUGUGUUCAGUGUAUGACUGGAAGGACCAAGGAACAGGACUGCAUUUCCAGAUCUCAUUCCCCGCAUUAUGUGUUUCACCAGCCCUGGUCCCCGUUGCAUUUAGCAUGAUGUUUGAAAAGGGGAAAUAUGUGCUUGUAUACACACAAGCCUCCCUUUUCAGACACUACACAAAACAUGUGGACUUGGAGACGUGGGGGGGGGGCUUCCAUGUGUUCAUUGAAUGUGGGGAUGAAGUGUCAUGUGAAACCCCCUAGUUAAGUUAGUAAAUCGGUUAUGCCCAACUGCACAGGUUAGGCUCUUAACAUCAAGGUUUGUUUUAGUUUUUAAGAAAGGCAGCUUUGAAAGAGGGUAGAUUGUGGAAAGGGGAGAGGAGAACGGGCAUUCAUCCUUUUCCUCACUCCAGAUCACCUCCUUCCCUGAAUUGCUUCCUAUCCACAGAGUUUCACAUCAGCUUGCCCACUCAUACCAAUUGAAAACUAUUAUUUCAUUGCAAUGUUCUCUUUUAUGUAGUAUCUUAUUUCUCACUCCACCCCAAAUAGGAGCCAGUCAAUUAAUUAGCAUACCUCUAAUUUAAUUUAGAAAUGCCUAUAUUUAGGGCAUCAAAUGAGUGGAAAGGUUUUGUAUACAAAUUCUAACUAAACAGCUGAAAAAUGCUUAGUGUGGUGUAGUGGUUAGAGUGUUGGACUACGACCGGAAGACCAGGGUUCAAAUCCCUGCUCAGCUAUGAAGCCCACUGGGUGACCUUGGGCCAAUCACUGCCUCUCAGCCCCAGGGGAAGGCAAUGGUAACCCCCCUCUGAAUACCGCUUACCAUGAAAACCCUAUUCACAGGGUCGCCAUAAGUCAGGAUCGACUUGAAGGCAGUCCAUUUCCAUUUUAUUAUAUAUUUCAUAUAAAGGACUACGUUGAAGUGCAGUCAGACACCCAGUAUAAUUCUUUUGAUUUUUUAAAAAACAAUAAGUAUUUCCUGUCUGUUUUGAAGUGCAGUCAGACACCCAGUAUAAUUCUUUUGAUUUUCUAAAAAACAAUAAGUAUUUCCUGUCUGUUUUGUAGUCUCUGUGGCCCACUUUGAGUUUAGGAUAAGAACAGAACCUCAUGAGCUGAGAUAGAUGCUGCAUGGUUUACAGCUCUAAGAUCUCACCUCUCCCUGACUCUCUGCCACCUCUAUCCCUGGGUGGGUUGAGGUUCUUGCUUAAGAUUGUGAGCCAUGGGGAACAAAGGCAGACUGGGUCUGUUACUUUAUACUGGUACAGCAUCUUGUUUCUGUUGAUACCCUGGAAAUUAAAUAAAUGAAUAAACCAGAUGCAGUGAAUUAAUGCAAGCUGCUGCUCCCUAAAAUGGCAGUGUUGUCAGCACAUGACAUUUGGCGGGAGUCCAGGGCUCAUCACGCAGCAGGAGCAAGCACCACAUUUUGAAGUACUGAAGUACUAAUCCGUCCCCAUUUAAAGAGAAUUCUCCACUGUAAGACCUCACCUAACUGUGCUAAUGUCCCCCCACAUUCCAAAAAGGAGAGAAAAAAUAGUCAAUCUUUAACUGAGCUGAUCAGUGGGGAGGGGGAGUAAACCUGACAAAUGCACUCAA